UCGUCUUCCCUGCUUCGGUUAUUGAUUUAAAUUAUUCUUACAAUUAAAUUAUCCAAAAAAAAAAAGAAAAACCUGAUAUAAAUUCGUUGAAAUUACAGACUGACCCCUUCCAAUUACAUAAAUUAAAAACAGAACCUCAAAUAAACCCCAAAAGGGGUCAUUAGCGAACGAAUUCUUCUGAUCCCAAAAGCUCGCUCUUUUUUCUAGGUGGGGAGAGUAGCCAAGAUCAGUCCAAUACCCGUCCCCCUCUCGUCUUUCCCUUCAAUCGAUAAAACGCUUUCUUUCAUCUUUGCUUUUCUCUCAUCAAAGAUUUGAGGGGAGAUUUUGAUGGCGUCAAAAUUGCAGCAGUUGCAAUCUAAGGCAUGUCAAGCAUCGAAGUUUGUGGCCACGCACGGAACUGCUUACUACAAGCAGUUGUUGGAGCAGAACAAGCAAUACAUUCAGGAACCACCGACAGUGCAGAAAUGCAACGAGUUGUCUAAGCAACUGUUUUACACUCGCCUUACUAGUAUCCCUGGUCGAUCUGAGUCAUUCUGGAAGGAGCUUGAUUAUGUCAAGAAUCUGUGGAAGAACCGGCAAGAACUGAAAGUUGAAGAUGCUGGUAUUGCUGCUUUGUUUGGACUGGAGUGCUUUGCAUGGUUUUGCGCUGGUGAGAUAGUAGGAAGGGGUUUUACUUUCACUGGUUACUAUGUCUAAGGGUGACCAGCCAGUGGAAGGUCUUUCAGGGAGUUGGAUGUGUAUGCUUUUAUCAUCAUUUGCAUGAUUGAAUUGCGGCCACACUUUAGAUGCACAUUUUUGUUGUUUCAUGAAAAUUUUGAAGCUGAGAAAUCAGUGGUUACAUUGAUAGCCUGAAUAAUUUUAAUAGUUGAAAUGGCAUUAGGUUGAUAAACCUUGCUGUUGUCUCGUGAUAUUCACAAAAUUUAUUUCAACCAAGAUUGAUGAUAA